AUGCCUUUGCAAGUGAUCGUUGUUGGCGCGGGUCUAGGUGGCCUGGGUGCCGCCAUUGCCCUUCAUCGUGCGGGCCACAAUGUUCAGGUUAUUGAACAAUCCGGUUUCCACAAUGAAGUGGGCGCGGCGAUUCACGUCGCACCCAACGCUACGCGGGUCUUGAAGGACUGGGGUUGUAAUUUCAAGGACCUGCAACCCGUGCAGUGCAAACGCCUGCAGGUCUGGGAUCGAGAUGGAAAGCUUCUGUGGACGCCCGUUGUGACGAAAGACCUCCAACAGAAGUUGAACACUACAGAUGACUGGGUUCUGACCCAUCGUGUGGAUCUCCACAAUGCUCUGCGCUCUGUGGCAGCUCAGGAAGUGGACGGUCGAAAGAUUGACAUUCACCUUUCGUCGCGUGUGGUCUCUGUGGACGCUGAGGCCGGAGUUGUCACACUAGAGGACGGAACCACCUACAACGGCGAUUUAAUUGUGGGAGCAGAUGGGGUGCAUUCCCGAUCUUUGCGCGCUAUCGUCGGGGAGGACCGAGGAAGAGAGAGCACCGGCCAAAACUGUUUCCGGUUCCUCGUUCCCAUAUCAAAGGCGCAGGCGAAUCCUUCGACUGCAGAGUUGCUGACCAGGACCGGGUUGGAUGGGGUCCACGCUUUCACCGGUCCUGAUCGCCGCCUCGUAAUCUAUCCUUGCCGCGAAGGACAUCUCCUGAACAUUGUUGCGAUUCACCCAGCGGGUUCAGUUGAGGUCCAAGAGGCUUCCUGGCUCGAGUCGGGCAAUCUUGAACAGCUCCUCGAGACCUAUUCCUCAUUCGGUCCAGAGCUCCAAGAACUCUGCCGCAUGGCCGAGGACCUCAAGCUCUGGAGCUUGGCGUCGCGCUCCCCGCCAACCACGUUUAUCAAGGGCAGGCUUGCUUUGGUGGGCGACGCAGCGCAUCCAACACUUCCUCACCAAGGGCAAGGUAGUGCGCAGGCGUUUGAGGAUGGAGCCGCAUUGGGCGGUGUGUUUCCAGCAGACACGAGGCCGGAUCAGGUGCCCCACCGGUUGUCUCUAUACAACAAAGUCCGCUAUGAUCGAGCAGUGACGGUCAUGAUGAUGUCUAAGACGCACGAUGAACGACGGGCUGAGAUGCUAGACGAGUUGCGGAAGUAUGUUCCUAACGCGGAGGUACCUCCAGAUAUGUUUUCUUUCACCUGGCCAUCGUGUCCAGAUCAGGAUGCCAAGCGUCUGCUUGAAGGUCAGGCCUAG